UCUUUCUGCUUUUCUGUUUAUCACUCGCUGGCUACUUGCCUUUCUCUCUCUAUUCUCUGUCUCUGUCCCUGUUUCUUCUGUUUCAAGUUCAAUGGUUCUCUAUCUCUCUGUUUCUGCCUCUCCGUCUGUCUUUUGUUUCUCUUGCAUGCAGGGCCCCAUACUGUGGAUCAUGGCAAAUCUGAGCCAGCCCUCCGAAUUUGUCUUCUUGGGCUUCUCCUCCUUUGGUGAGCUGCAGGCCCUUCUGUAUGGCCCCUUCCUCAUGCUUUAUCUUCUCGCCUUCAUGGGAAACACCAUCAUCAUAGUUACGGUCAUAGCUGACACCCACCUACAUACACCCAUGUACUUCUUCCUGGGCAAUUUUUCCCUGCUGGAGAUCUUGGUAACCAUGACUGCAGUGCCCAGGAUGCUCUCAGACCUGUUGGUCCCCCACAAAGUCAUUACCUUCACUGGCUGCAUGGUCCAGUUCUACUUCCACUUUUCCCUGGAUUCCACCUCCUUCCUCAUCCUGACAGACAUGGCCCUUGAUCGCUUUGUGGCCAUCUGCCACCCACUGCACUAUGGCACUCUGAUGAGCCGGGCUAUGUGUGUCCAGCUGGCUGGGGCUGCCUGGGCAGCUCCUUUCCUAGCCAUGGUACCCACUGUCCUCUCCCGAGCUCAUCUUGAUUACUGCCAUGGCGACGUCAUUAACCACUUCUUCUGUGACAAUGCACCUCUCCUGCAGUUGUCGUGCUCUGACACUCGCCUGUUGGAAUUCUGGGACUUUCUGAUGGCCUUGGCCUUUGUCCUCAGCUCCUUCCUGGUGACCCUCAUCUCCUAUGGCUACAUAGUGACCACUGUGCUGCGGAUCCCCUCUGCCAGCAGCUGCCAGAAGGCUUUCUCCACCUGCGGGUCUCACCUCACACUGGUCUUCAUCGGCUACAGUAGUACCAUCUUUCUGUAUGUCAGGCCUGGCAAAGCUCACUCUGUGCAAGUCAGGAAGUUCGUGGCCUUGGUGACUUCAGUUCUCACCCCCUUUCUCAAUCCCUUUAUCCUUACCUUCUGCAAUCAGACAGUUAAAACAGUGCUACAGGGGCAGAUGCAGAGGCUGAAAGGCCUUUGCAAGGCACAAUGAUGAGCCCAGGGCCCAGGGGGACCUGGCCUGCCUCCACUGAGCAGUUCUGUGGGGAGGGAGACCUCCAGCAAGUGGGAAGAACACUGCUGAGUUUCUUUAGUUUUUUUCCCUCUGAGCAAUAACUACAGUGAGCCCUCAGUGCUGCACUGUCUGGCCCAAAGCUCUUAUGGACCACCAUGGAAGUGUUCCCUACAUCCCCUGGCAGCCGUAAGAACUCUGAGAGUAGCCCAGAGCUUUCAGUAAAGGGAAGUGCAUGUGCUUUGCAUUUAAGGAAGAGCAACCAAGAAGUGCUCUAUGAUCAAGAGGUAGUAUCCAAUCCCAGUAUGUGUGCAUGGGUGUGUAUGUGUGUACAUAUGUGUGUAUGCGUGUGCAUGUUCAGGGUGUGCUUCUCUAUCACAGUAUGCACGGCUGCUGAGUGUAUGCACCAUAAGUGCUUGGGCUACAUGGGAUCAAGGGAAGAAGCAAAACUUGCCAAAAACAAACUGAUUGUUUUUCAAUGUGUGUGUGAGUGUUGGGAGGAGGACUGGGUCCUUGUAUAAUUAUUCAUCCAUUUAUUCAUUCAUUUCUUCAAUAUUGAGUAGGCUGUGUGUGUCAGGCACUGUAACAGGUAGAGGGUAGAAAGGUAAAAAAGGCAUAAAUGGUUCUUAACCUGACAAAGCUCUUGGCCUAAGGAAGGAAAGAGUGAUAAAUAGCUGUUUCCAGCACAGUGGGGAACGUGCAACAGUGGAUUCACAGACGGUAUUAUGAGCACACAGGAGAGCAACACUGAGACCAGCAGGAGGCUCAGUGACGGCUUCCUGACAAGAUGACACCUGAGUAGCACAUUGACUAUAAGGUGGACACUGUGAG